CCAUCAUGGCAGCGCCCGUGCGAGUUGUCGCUCUGGGACAGAAGUUGGUUAGGUUUCACAAUGCAAGGACAGCAUUCAAUGUCAUUCACCGGGAGAGUUCCUCCCUGCACGCCGUCUGGGGAACGACUAGCUGCCAGCCGCCCGUCGCUGGCCAAUCAGAGCUCCGCUCGAUCCAGCCUCGCCUUCCGUCGGCGAGAUACGCCAGUCAGAAAGCUGGCGCAGGCGGACGGGAGAAACGCGAGCCCAGACACCCGUGGGAUUUUAAACUUAGUCCGCUGUCAGCCCAGCUGCUCACGUCGAUUUCGCUGUUGAGCUUCAUGAUCUACUUCUUCCUGUUACGUGAAGAGUCAGACGUGGACACUGCCAUCUACCGACCGAUCUGGGAACGUGUGCCAGACAUUACUCCAGAUGUGGCGGAGCGAAUGCUUGAGUCCGACAAACAGUUCGGUAUUUUCUACGACGACAAAAAAUGGGUGAAGAGUCUGGAGGAGUACAAGAAGCGCUACUACCUGGAGCACCCGGAGGCCCGGCCUCCUCAGGAUGCGCCGCCCCGCUCCGGCUAGUAGUGCGGUGUAUUGAGUAUAGGCGACGCUUCUGUUUAUGACAGGGGGAGAGGCAGCUGGUUUGCCACUCUAUGUGACGUUCUUAGAAACAUGGUCAGAGAAAAUGGUGGCCAGAUUGGCCGCUGUCUGUCUAUUGGCGGCCUGCUUGGCCGGAGUUUGUCUGUGUGUGCGCCUGGACAUGUCUAUCCCACUGAUGCCGAUAUUGAGUAUCCGUGGACGGUGGAAUGUCUAUUCACUGUGAAAGGAAGCGUCUGAAACAUCCUAGUACCGUUUGAUGCGUUCGAGCUCGAGGACGGUGGAAGUAAUGCCGUCACUGAAUGCGUCAUAGACGAAGUCACGGGUGAAUCCAUAUCGCCCACGUGAGUGAGACUGCUAGACGGUCGCGUGUGCAGAGAUCAGGGGUUUUGCGGUGUUCAGUGUUUAUGUGCCCGGUGUCGCCAGACGGUAACGACCGGGCAGAAGUUGGCGAUUGGCGAGGUUGAUAUGAAAGUGAACCAGCUUUGUGUGCCAACAUUUCGAAACAUCGCCAGUCCGAAAGUGCAAAGGUCAAUUAGGUUACAGCAGGCAGCCCAUGACGAAACCGAUCCACAAAAAAUAAUUAAUUUCGGAUGUAGCGCAGGUUUUCAAACAGACACGCAAAAAGGCCACUUUCCGUGACGGCUUCGUCCAUAUGCUAAGGACAGUACGGCUUUCAGCAUUGGGCAGUGCCGUCCAAAACGUACUGCAUGCAUAUCGAUUUGUGGUUGCACACUGAUAGCUUUUCAACAGCUCAGGAACUGACAAUUUGCGCCACAUGAGGUCUACGUAAGCGCUGCCACCGGAUAACGAUGCACGAGUAAUAGCGGGCGUGGAUGUAGUAUUGAUAGUGAUUCAUUGGCGUACGUCAGUGCUGCUGUCACUGGUAAGACAGUAGUGAUAGCCUGCUUCCUCGGAGAAAAAAGAACAGGAGAAUGGGAAUAUAGGUGCAUUGAUAUUUCGGAAACAUGUCCUUAUUGAAACGCGUAGCAGAAGCACAUAUCGCUUCCGCUAUUCGUUUCGAUGAAGGCCGAAAUAUCGACGCAUCUAAACCUCCAUUCUCCUCGGUUUUCUCCUAGGAAUAAGGCCAUUACUACUGCUUUAUCUAUGUGUAUGAUGCUCCUGGCGAAUGCACCUAACAUCUGCUGUCAUUGAUGCGAACAAGCGGCGUCGGAAAGGCUGGUAUUAAGUCCCCGGCAGUAACUUAGAAACACGUGUUGUGUGUGUUGCCGUGGGGAUGUAUGGGUUCGUGGGGUCGCGGUGUGGCCCUUCGUCGUGGCUCAGAAAUACAUGCUGCGUGUAAUGG